AGCUGGCUCGGAGAGAGUUCCCCGCCUUCGCUCCGUGACAUGGCGCGCGGUGCAUGCGGUGCGGCCCUGGCGGUCGUGGCCUUGGCGGCCUGGAACCUGGCCUUCACACCCUUCGCGGGCCAGCGCGGCGCAACCGCGCCCAGGAGCAGCCUCACACAGCGCCGCGCAGAUGCGUCCAUGCUCCGGCCUUAUGGGCCGGUGGUGACCUACGGCCAGGCGCUCAUGGAUGCGGCCAAGGAGAAGGGUGAGCAGGUGGCAGUGACUGAGGAUGCCCUGAAGAUCAAGAAGAUGUUCUACGACGAGGACUUCCUCGGAAAGCUGGUGAAGAUUCAGAACAAGCCGGAAUACACGAACGUCGAGAAGGCGCAGCAGACCGUGGAGCUCCUGAAGCCGCUGAAGUCCACGGUGAUGCCCAAGUUCAUAGUCUUCUUGGCCAAGAAGCGGCGAUUGAAGGGCCUCAAGGUGAUCAUGUUCGAGUACGCGCAGAGCAUGUACUUCCAGCAGUCCAUCACUCCGGUGAAGGUGACCUCCGCGCAGCGCCUCUCAGAAGGGCAGCUCGAGAAGAUCAAGGAGAAGAUGAAGGGCAAGGUCGGCACCACGGACGUGAAGCUGGUGCCGGAGGUGGACCCCACGCUCAUCGGAGGCUUCACGCUGGAGUGGGGCUACACGGACCCCGUGAAUUUGUACGCCCCCACACACGGGGUGGACAUGUCUCUCAAGCAGAUCCUGUCGAAGAGGGCCCUGCGGAAGGGUGUGGUGAUGGCUGCCUGAGCUGGGAAUCUCUCGGUUGCCCAAGGGGCAACCAGGGGGUGGGUGUUUUUGAGAUAUGCGACCUGUGGUGCCCAAGCAGUGCCGCCACACGACAGCUCCAGUGCAA